AUGGCAGAAGCUCCGGCGGCAACUGCUGCUCAUUCUCCAAAAAAAUCUGAUUUGACAAUUCUAAAUUACAUCAUGAACGUUGAGGAGAAAGAGUCGGAUUACGGAUUCAUUUUCAAGGUCUCUGGACCACUUGUCGUUGCUGACGGAAUGAGUGGAUCUGCCAUGUAUGAGCUCGUCCGUGUGGGACACUCCAAGCUAGUCGGGGAGAUUAUCAAGCUCGAGGGCGAUACCGCUUCGAUUCAGGUGUACGAAGAUACCUCCGGUCUAACAGUUGGAGAUCCAGUUCUUCGUAAGAAGCAACCACUGUCUGUUGAACUAGGUCCCGGUAUUAUGGGCACAAUUUUCGAUGGUAUUCAGCGUCCUUUGGAAGCUAUCUGGAGAGAUACUGGCGACGUCUACGUUCCAAAGGGUGUGGAUGUUCCUUGUUUGUCUCGCGAUGUUCGAUGGACUUUCACCCCUGGUGAUUUCAAGGAGGGGCAACCAAUCACUGGUGGAGACGUCAUUGGUAUUGUCUACGAGAACGAAAUCAUUGAUUCCCACAAGAUUCUUUGUCCUCCAAACGUGUAUGGAGUCGUAAGCAAGAUUAACACAGCAGGAACCGAUGGACAAGAAACUUUCCUUGUUGAUGAUAUUGUCAUGGAAGUGUACAACGAAGCACAAGACAGGACCCACAAGCUUUCGUUGAGUCAUUUCUGGCCCGUGCGACGUCCCCGUCCCAUCGCCGAAAAGUUGCCUGGUAAUGUUCCUCUCAUUACUGGUCUUCGUGUCAUUGAUGGCCUUUUCCCCUCCGUGCUUGGUGGUACAUGUGCCGUUCCUGGUGCUUUUGGCUGUGGAAAAACUGUCAUCAGUCAAUCCUUGUCCAAAUUUUCUAACUCUGACUGCAUUGUGUAUGUUGGUUGCGGUGAACGUGGUAACGAGAUGGCCGAAGUGUUGUGUGAUUUCCCUGAACUGACCAUGACAAUCAAGGAUGAUGCUGGCGAAGAAAAAGAAGUUGGAAUCAUGAAGCGUACAACUCUUGUUGCCAACACAUCGAACAUGCCAGUCGCUGCACGUGAGGCAUCCAUUUACACUGGUAUUACAUUGGCUGAGUACUUCCGUGAUCAAGGCAUGAACGUUUCCAUGAUGGCUGACUCUACCUCUCGAUGGGCAGAGGCCCUUCGUGAGAUUUCUGGUCGCCUUGGAGAGAUGCCUGCCGAUUCCGGUUACCCAGCCUACCUUGGUGCCCGUCUUGCGGCCUUCUACGAACGUGCAGGGCGCGUUGCAUGUUUGGGAUCCCCUACCCGUGAGGGAACCGUGUCGGUUGUGGGAGCUGUGUCUCCUCCAGGUGGCGAUUUCUCUGAUCCAGUUACUGCUGCUACACUUUCUAUUGUUCAAGUGUUUUGGGGACUGGACAAGAAGUUGGCCCAAAGAAAGCACUUUCCAUCUCUCAACUGGCUCAUUUCUUACACCAAGUACAUGCAAGUUCUUGAGCCAUAUUUUAAUGGUAUGGAUGAACAGUAUUCUUACCUUCGAAACCAAGCUCGAACCAUUCUUCAACAAGAAGAUAACCUUUCGGAAAUUGUACAACUAGUCGGAAAGGAGUCUUUGUCUGAAGAUCAAAAGGUCGUUAUGGAAGUUGCGAAGCUUAUCCGUGAGGAUUUCCUUGCUCAAAAUGCCUUCACCGAACAUGACUACACUUGUCCAUUGGCAAAGACUGUUGGCAUGCUGAAGGUUAUCAUCAACUUUUAUGACUUGUGCCAAAAGGCGAUUGCCGACUCUCCAUCUGAUGCCAAGUUGACCUAUGCUCACAUUAAGACAGCGAUGGCGCCAAUCAUUCAAAAGGUUGUUGAUACCAAGUAUGUCGAUCCUAAGGCCAAAGCCGCAGAAAUCGAGAAGGGUUAUAGUGAAGUCAUCGAUGAAAUGAAUCGCGAGUUCCAAACUUUGACCGAUGGUAUCUAA